GCGGCCCGCCCCAUCCUUCUGUCCCUCCCCUCGGCGGGGCCGGCGCCGGUUUACGUAACGCCUCUCCGGGCGAAUUCCGGCUCGGUCCCGCCGCCUGACUCGGGACGGGUCGCCAGAGGCCCCAGCAGGUCCUGCUGGGGAUUUACAUCUGGCUUCAAUGUGAAAUUAAGGUAGAAAAAUGCACAUAAACAUGUGUUUCCUGUUAAGAUUUAGUGUACUCAGUGGUUAUGCCUGAAGAGUGGGUCUUGUCUUUAGACUGAUAACUGCCAGGAAGUAUAAAUGAUUGUCCUAGAAGUCAAGCGUGUCUCCUCCUUAUUGGAGUGAAAAAAAUAUCCACCUCCAGGUUCCCACGGAAUAUCAUCUACAGAAAAUGCAUCACGGUCUAAGGAUGACAGCCACCUAGAUUCAUGCACCCAAUCAAUACAGUUGUUGUGGAUGGUUUGCCAUCUGAAAGCUCCUCAAGUUCCUGUCUGGGUCCUGUGCCUGUUUCUGAAAUGUCUCUGCUUCAUGCUUUGGGCCCUGUGCAGACCUGGCUGGGACAAGAGCUAGAAAAAUGUGGCAUUGAUGCCAUGAUUUAUACUCGCUAUGUCCUCAGUCUACUGCUGCAUGAUAGUUAUGACUACGACCUGCAGGAACAGGAGAAUGACAUCUUUCUGGGCUGGGAAAAAGGAGCUUACAAGAAAUGGGGGAAGAGUAAGAAAAAAUGCUCAGAUCUAACACUAGAAGAAAUGAAAAAACAGGCUGCUGUUCAGUGUCUUCGCUCAGCUUCUGAUGAAAGCUCUGGGAUUGAGACUUUAGUGGAGGAGCUCUGCUGCAGGCUGAAAGAUCUCCAGAGUGAACAAGCAGAGGAGAAGAUUCACAAAAAACUUGAGGGCUCUUUGCCUCCUGAAGUUGAUUUAUCUCCUGCAGCAAAGGAUCAAGUGGAAAUGUAUUAUGAAGCAUUUCCACCUCUUUCCAAGAAACCAGUUUGCCUGCAAGAAAUUAUGACUGUAUGGAAUAAAUCCAAAAUUUGUUCUUACUCAAGUUCCUCCUCAUCUUCUACUGUCCCAGCAACUAGCACAGAUACAUCAUCUCCAAAGGACUGCAUUAGUGAAAGUGAAGUAUCCAAAGAGAGAAAUAGCAACAAAGUACCUGUCACUGUACACGAGAGAGCUGCACAGAGAAAAGAUAAAGAUGAAAAAGAGAACAAGUUUGGGAAUAGCAGUUUUGAAGAGAAACCUGUUUUAUACAAAAAGCAAGUGCGACAUAAAUCUGAGGGAAAGAUACGUCCUCGAUCCUGGUCUUCUGGCUCCAGUGAAGAAGGUUCAAAUUCUAGCGAUAAUCAAGGUGAAUUAAAAGCAGCUACAAAAUGUGUUAAAGUAAGGCAUAAAACAAGGGAGGUUCGGAGUAAAAAAGGACGGAAUGGACAAAGCAGGCACCUGGCAAAAGCUGGUGAUAAAGCUGAAAGAAGAAUUCACGGCAGCAGCAGCAGCAGCAAUGGAUCCAUUAAACAACUGUGUAAAAGGGGUAAACGGCCAUUAAAAGAAAUCCGAAGGAAAGAAGCUGGCAACUACGAGAGAAAAGAGCUAUAUUUCGAUAGCAGAAACGAAAAGGAAUAUAAGGAAGAGCCCUUAUGGUAUACUGAGCCAAUUACAGAAUACUUUGUUCCCCUGAGUAGGAAAAGCAAGCUUGAGACGACGUACCGCAACAGGCAAGAUGCGUGUGAUGCAACAUCCGAGGCUGUAGAAGAAUUAGCUGAAUCAGUGCAAGGUCUUUGCAUCAGCAACAAUAAUAUUAAUAAAACAUACCUCGCAGCAGGUACUUUCAUCGAUGGCCAUUUUGUGGAAAUGCCUGCAGUUCUAAAUGAGGACAUUGGCCUCACUAGGACCUCAAUGUGUUCUCAACCAGAGGACGAUACACACUCAGAUGGUGUUCAUCUGUCAGAACUAACACACUUCUAUGAAGUGGAUAUUGACCAAUCCAUGUUGGAUUCUGGUGCCUCAGGCAAGAUGCAAGGAGAGAGUCGGAUUUUGAAUAUGAUUCGGCAGAAAAGUAAAGAGGGGACUGAUUUUGAGGCAGAAUGUUGCAUAGUGUUUGAUGGAAUGGAGUUGCAAGGGGAAAGUGCAAUAUGGGCGGAUUCAGCCACCUCUGGUGCUGAAGGAUGGUUCUUGCAAGAUCUUAGUAAUUUAGCUCAAUUCUGGGAGUGCUGUUCAUCUUCUAGCUCUGGUGAUGCAGAUGGGGAAAGCUUUGGCGGAGAUUCUCCCAUUAGACUUUCCCCUACUUUAGACAGCACAAUGCUUAAUUCACACAUGCAUGCAGGCAAUCGAGAGCUGUUUUCAGAUACUAAUGAAGGGUCUGGUUUAAAUUCUUUUUCAGUGUUUGAAGUGCAAUGCAGUAAUUCUGUCUUACCAUUUCCUUUUGAAAAACUCAGUUUGGGAAAUGAAAAUACAGAUUGUAGUAGCAAUGUUGGUAUGUUUGGGAAAACACAGUCUAGAUUGUUAAUAUGGACCAAAAAUAGUGCCUUUGAUGAAAAUGAACACUGUUCUAAUCUGUCCACAAGAACUUGUAGUCCAUGGUCAUACUCUGAAGAAACACGUUCAGACAAUGAGACUUUAAAUAUUCCAUUUGAAGAAUCCCCUCAAUUUAACUCGGAUGAUGUUAAUUAUGUAGUCCCCAGAGUAUCUUCAGGUUAUGUAGAUGAAGAAAUUGGAGAUUUUUUGCAGGAGGAAACCGGCCAGGAACAGUCUGCAACUUUAGGAGAAAUGCCUACAUUAAUUUUUACAAAAAAAUCUAAACUAGAAUCUAUCUGUGGUAUUCAGCUAGAACAAAAAGCUGAAGAAAAAGAAUAUGAAACUACACAAGUGUGUAGUGACAGCAGUCCACAUGAAGAUGACUAUGGCUCAGGGGGUAUUAAAGACAUCUGGACAAAUAUGACAGAUGGAAAUUCUGCAGCAAUUGUAGAAAUAGACGGAAUAGAAGAGGAGUUGUUUUCAACCGAUGUAAAUCAUUAUUGCUGCUGCUUAAGUGACGCAAAGGUAGAAAUUCUUCAGGAUCCUAACAAAGCAGUGCAAAGAUCGGAAUAUCGUCUUUGGGAAGGCCAGAAAGAGAAUUUGGAGAAAAGAGCUUUUGCCUCAAACAAUUUAUCCAAAGUGGAUUGUGGAGAUUAUACUACACCUUCAAAACCAUGGGAUAUUAACCAAGAUAAAGAAAGUUCAUUUAUUCUUGGUGGUGUGUACGGGGAGCUCAAAACAUUUAACAGUGAUGGAGAGUGGGCAGUGGUGCCACCCAGUCAUCCAAAAGGAAACUUACUACAGUGUGCAGCUUCUGAUGUAGUUACAAUAGCUGGUACAGAUGUCUUCAUGACACCAGGAAACAGCUUUGCCCCUGGUCACAGACAAUUAUGGAGACCCUUUGUAUCAUUUGAACAGAGUGAGCAGUUAAAGUGUGGUGAUCAUGGAUUAAAUAGGGGUUUUUCAUUUAUCUUCCAUGAAGACUUGUUAGAAGCUUGUGGUAAUUUUCAAGGUGAAGAGUCUGGUCUCGAAUAUUCAUUCUCUUCCUUUGACUUGAAUAAUCCAUUUUCACAAGUUCUUCAUGUAGAAUGUACAUUUGAACCAGAAGGAAUUGCAUCCUUCAGCCCUUGCUUUAAACCCAAAUCUAUCCUUUGCUCUGAUUCUGAUAGGGAAGUUUUUCGUCCUAGAAUAUGUGGUGCUGGGAGGACACAGUACAGAGCAAUACGGAUUUCUCCUAGGACUCACUUUCGCCCCAUUUCUGCAUCUGAACUUUCUCCAUGUGGUGGAAGUGAGUCUGACUUUGAAUCGGAGAAAGAUGAGGGGAAUAUUACUGCCCCUUCUCAAGCGGAAGUGUUUGAUGAUCCACAAGCAGAUCUCAAACCACUGGAAGAGGAUGCAGAAAAAGAAGGGCAUUAUUACGGCAAAUCAGAACUUGAGUCUGGGAAGUUCCUUCCUAGACUAAAAAAGUGUGGGAUGGAAAAGAGUGCACAGACAUCUCUGGAUUCCCAGGAAGAAUCAUCUGGAAUAUUGCUGUUAGAAAAUGAAAAUUCUUGCUUAGAAUGUGGUAUGAAAGACCUACAAGACGUGAUGGCUAUGGAAAAUUCUAAAUCUAGUUGCAGUGCUGCGGAACCGCGAGAAGAGGAAGACAAGUUUUGCAAUUGUAAAGAUAAUGCAUACGAAAAUCUUGUUUCUUCAGCACAACUGAAAGAGUUUCCUGUAUUGAAUAAUGAUCGUCAGAAGAUAAGCUACAAUCAAGCAAAGCAGUGUUGGUGGGAGAAAGCUCUUUAUACACCGCUCUUUCCUGCAUCUCAGUAUGAAGACUCCUUACAGGUACUCUGCUUCUGGACUCCAGAUACACACAGGUACCAGGAACCUCAACUCCACUGCUGCAACUGGGGAUUAAAAGACAAGGCAACCCAGAUAGGAUCAGACCUAGGACACACUGCAGAAGAAGAGUCACUGAAGAGAGAGUUCCAAUGCAACUCCCUAGAUUUGAUGAGUAACAAGGCAGCCAUCCAGCAUGCACAGAAGUCAGGAUAUUCCCCCCCGCACACCGUGCCCUGCAGGCUACCAGAGAGGUCUACACCUUCAGCUGCAACCAAAUGCUGUACAAAUGUCAAGAGAGAGAAUGGUGUUGGAGAAUUCGCAGAUAUAAAAGAAAUGCCACACAGUGAAGAAAUGCCACACAGUGAAGAACAUCUUCUAGAUUUUAAUAUGGUUUCUUCUGUGCAUGAAGCAAGGUGUGCAGAUCUUAGAAGUUCUGGAAUAAAAUCAAAUGGCUUUAGGAAGAAGCUAUACUCCAGUGACAGCUCCAGCUCUGAAGGCACAGCAUCAGAAGGUGGAAAUGGAUGGACAGAUCCUUGUGAAGAAGAACUUUUCUCUCGAACUCACCUGUAAAAACUGCAGAAUAAAAAUAGUUGGUGUAAGGAAUGGCAUGAGAUGGGAAAUUCUUCCAGAGGGCCUGUAACUCAACAAUUAAUUGAGUUUCUCCCUUCAGUUAAUGGAUUCAGAAGUGUAUUUAUCUUUCUCUUCUUGAUAUUUUAUUUUCAAUAGUUGGGAUCUUGGUCCCAUUGAAGGCUUUUUUUCCUCCCUCCAAACUGUUAGCUCCUUGGCUAUUUGGACCUAGAGUAGAUUGUGUUGUCAAAUCAAGAAUGGGUGUGCAUGUGAUUGUCUUGGUAGUAUCACUGCUCAUUUGCAUCCUAGCUGCAGUUACUUUUAUUUUUGACUGUAGCCCUAUCAGUAUUACGAUCUUACUAGCAUUGCAGUGUCUACAACUAUUCAGAGAUUUUAUCUUUUGGCACAUUUAGGCUUUUAAGAUUUGGGAGAUAAAUACUUAACACUGUAAUCUAUGAGUGCCUUUCUGAAUGUGAGAGGAAAGCAUGUAUGGCUUGUCCUGUCUUUGAAGAUCUUAUAACUUUGGAGUAGGAAUACUUGGGCUGUGCUUUAGAGACUUUCAGAAACUGUGUUUUCUAUUCUAGGAUCUCCUAACUCUCAUAUAAACUAACACAGUUGAAACUAUUGUUUGUUACCUUCUUGCUAACUGAAGAAGCUAAGGAUUUUUGCAGACAUGGGGUAAAGAAAUAUAGGUUUCUCUCCUCUCCCCCUCUUGUUUUCAGGGCUCAGUAUUUCAUCUAUUUCAGGGCUCAGUGUUGUAAAGUAGGGAAUUAAAAACACGUGACACUACGUGACCCCAAGCACCCUUACUUUAAUGGUACAUACUUAUAAGUGUACUUAGGGUUGUAUCAUUAAACCCCAUGGGGAAACUAAUGGACAGUACAGUUUGUUACAAGCUGCAAAGGUUUGGUCUGAAUGACUGAAACGAUCUAAGAGUCAGGGCAUGUCUACACCAGCCCUAUAUCCCAGGAUCGUUUCUGUGCAUCUAAAUGCCACACGGGAUCCCGGGAGCAGGGAGGGACGAGCCCUCCAGUUUCCUGGGAUAACCCUUAGGUGUAGAAAGGGCCGCAGUGUUCAACACUUUAUAUGCAGAGGGUUAGUGUAUCACUCAAAAUAAAUCCAGUGGCUCCUACAGUUAGCUACUGUUGUGGCUCUAAUUUAGUAAAACUUGUAGCUAACUUCGUGUCCUGAGAGAAUGUUAGGAGUAAGUUGUGUGUUGUGGGUGGGAGUGGGGAACAUGACUUACAUGUGUGAUUGCAGUAGUGAUUGUUGCUUUAUGUGACCUGCUCUUAAAGUUUAUUUUAACAUAGUCAAUGCAUCUGUCGAGUUGGAACUGUGCAAGACUAUCAACUCCCUGUGCUACUAAUGUAUUAUGCAAAUCAUAAAGCCAGGAGGAGCAAUAUUGGUUUAUACCAUUUCAUAGUUUUUAAACAAUGAUCUAUACAAUAGCAGCAUGUUUAAGACAUCAGAAAGUACAGAAAGUUUACUAUUGACUUGAAAAUGCUAAGCCAUUAAUUUUGAUAGGCAAGAAACUCCUAACAAUUAUAGUUGUUUGGAAUGAUAAGCUGAGCUGGCUUUGAAAUUUUAUUCUGUGCUAGAGAGCUAAACUGAAUCUGAGUUUUGUUGCCUUUUCUUAAUUGAUAGUACAUGACUUAAGAUCUAGGGUAUCAACACCUUGUAAGGUUGCAUGUAUUCUUUCUGUUGAAACUUUGACUCCAUUGGCUUGGUUUGUACUUUCCAGGGAAAUGUUAUUAAUAACUGCUUUUAAGCUACAUUAUUUUAGCAUUCAUACAACAAAUCUUUACAGUGUUGGUUUCCCCCCCCCCCCUUAUUUGAGAUUCUGGAUAAGUUUUUAAAUAUUUACUUUCUUCUGGAGCUUCCUUUAAAAAAUGUUGUAUAGCACAUGCACUGAGAAUAUUGUCUGUCAACAUGAAAACAAAAAGAACGAAACUGAUAAAUCCUAAAUUCUAGUGAUUAACGUAACUAGAGAGUCAUUGUUAGAGUAAUGAAUGACCAAAUGGGAAUAUUUGUGGGGGGAACCCACACCUUUUUAGCUCAGCUUAUUUAGAUAGAAAUCUCAGUGAGAGGGUGGUUCGUUUCAUUAUGAUUUAAUAUUUUAACACCUUUGAAAAUGUACAUGUUACAGGUGUGGGCAAUAACAAAUAAUAUUUAUUUGUUUUCUAAUUGAAUGGGAUAAAAUUCUGAAGCUUUCCAGUGAGAAGGUUGAUGUGUGAGUUUGUGGUUUUCCCCCCCCUGCAAGAAUAAUUUAAAAGUGGAGAUGCUGAAAUGCACUGUGGUAUGAAGCGGCAUUGCAUAUCCAUAGCACUGAAGUAUCGGUUUUUCAUUCCUGGGCUGAAUUUGUUUCUACUUUUUUGCUUCAAGUGGUUGUAUUGUUCUGAUUUCACAUACACCAGAGUAACUGAAUUUGUUUUUUGUGGAGUUACUUAACACCAAAUAAAAGAUAAAAGGACA